UUCAGGUAGUGGUACUGUCUCAUUUCUGUGAACAAUCUCCUUUUGUUUCUCUCUCUUAAUUUUAUUUUUGUUGACAUAAACAGUUAAUAGGGUUUAUUUUUUGCCCUUUGUAUUUGAGGGUUUGGAUUUGGACCCUUUGGUCCUUCCCUUCUCAAUCUUCAUCUCUUCUUCUUUCUAAUCUUUUCUUUUCUUUUCUUUUAUUUCUCUCUCCAAUCCAAUGUUAACACCCCCGUGAUCCUCUACAUGUUAUCUCACCAUAACUUACCCUAAACCCUCUUUUCUCUUCUCUCCAUCAUGUCUCACGGAUCUCCCUCUUCUCUCCCUGCCCACCGAUCAUCACCUUCGCCGGACCCCGAUUCCGAUAUUCCCGCUCCGCUUCCCAAGGAGGAAACAACCGCACCCGCUCCUCUUCCGACCACGAGAAGCAACCGUCCCUCACGCGCGUGCACGAUUCGUGCCGCUUCUCGUCUAUAUUCCUCGCAACCGGUAAUCGAAAGGAAACCUAAGAAGGAGCAGCAGCGGAGGGAGGAGUCUCCUCCGUCGCAAUGCAGUAAGAUCGUGACGCCGUUGGUGGAACCUCCGUCGGAGUCGCAGUUGCCGCGGUGGAAACUUCGGUCGAUGUGGGAGUUAGCUUCCGUACUCAAUUUCUUGCGUCUAUUUAGGCCUCUGUUGAAUAUUUCUCUUGAAUUCUCUGCCGAAGAGUUUGAGACUGCUCUUCUUACCCCCAAUGACACUUUGUUUUACAUUCAUAUGCCUUUGUUAAAGGCAAUCCCUCCUAUUACACGAAUGGCACUCACACGUGAUACUUGGAUAACUGUAUUAUGCAGAAAAUUAAGAGAUUGGUGGCAUUGGGUUGCUGAGGGGGAUCUUCCAAUUGUUGCUUCACAUGGGGCGGAGAUUGAAGUAUAUAAAUCACUUGAUCCAGCCAUCCGUGUUAUCAUCUUAAAAGCAUUAUGUGACAUUCGUGUUGAGCAAGAAGAUAUCCGAAAUUAUAUUGACAACUCAAUCAAACACAGUAUUCCACUUUCAACAUUCCGUAAAGAGCGUAUUGGAGGUGAUUCACAUGGAAUUUCUUAUUGGUAUGAAGAUGACCCCGAUAUUGGUCAUAGGUUGUAUCGAGAAAUAAGGAAAACUGAAGUGGUUCAAACGAAGAAAGGGAAAGCAAGGGGUUCCCAGGUUCUUUCUAAUACGUCAUACCAGUGGGAGGCAGUUGCUACCAAUUUUGAUGAAUUUCAAGAUGUUUCUGAGAAGCUUUUCUCAAGUAAAAACAGAACAGAGGCUUCUGUGGGGAAAAAGCUGAAGAUAGACAUGCUUCCUGAAAUUGAGAAAGUUCACAAGAAAAAGGAGAGGUUGCUGAAAAAGCAACACAGAGAAGCUCUUCUUCUUGAUAAUUACUUGGUUGUUGACGGCCUUGGUUCUGGGCGUUCACUUCGUGACAGGAAACCUGUAACCUACACUUUCGAUGAUUAUGAUCGGUCCAUCAAUGAGGCAAUUAAAGUGACCAAGCGGAAACAGCCAUCCCCAGAACCUAUGCCCAGGAGAGAACCAGUAGCAAAACCUGAAGCUUUGACUAAUGGUAACCAUGGUCCUUCACAUGCUGAACAAAAUCAGAAUUUUGCUAUAUCAUCUCCAGAAUCAUUUGACUCUGAUGAUGAUGAUGAAUAUGAUAAUACCGACACUUUGGACCGAAGUGGUCGUCGAAGAAGGAAACCUAAGCGGUAUUCAGAGAAUGAGUUUGUUGAAGAAGUGUCUGAUUAUGAGGCAGACUUUGACAGUGAUGAUGAUAUUGUUGGAGAAGCUGUAUAUGAUGAAGAAUAUCUCAAGAAACGCAAGCAGAGAAGGAAGCAUUCUAGUAGCUCUGAAGGAGAUGAAGAAUAUCAGGGCGAUGAUGAUAAUGUAGAAGAUGAAGAAGAAGAAGAAGAAGACGAUGAUGAUGAAGAUUCUAUAAGCAUGAGUGAGGAUAGUGACAAACCCCGCAAAGUCAAACGAUUGCCAGGCCGAACUAGGAGGCAAACGAAACUCAGGUCUGUGGGUGAGAUGCAAUCAAGUCCAAGACGCAGUAAGAGGGCAACUAGAAAUCGUAUAGAUUACCGACAAUAUGAGAUGUCGGAUUCAGAAACUGAGUUUAUCAAACCCAAGAAGUCUAACGCAUCGGCUGAUCACUCGGAUCCCGGUGAGAAUGAGAAUGGGGAAUAUAUGAUGGAAAGUGAAGAUUCAGAUAGCAAUGAAGAUGAAGAUCAGGAAAUGAAAGUUGAUGAGCCUGUUAGUGUUCCUUCCCAUGCAGUAGAAGAGAAUGAACAAAACCAGCCUCCUGAAAAGUCAAGUAGUCCACCUGGUCACGAAGAAGUUGAGGGCACAGGAAAAAGACGUUUUCUUGAUUUGAAUGAGCUUGCCCCUAGCCCUGGUUUUGAUGAUGGUCCAAGUACAAUAAUGAAAGAUGAAGACAAUGACUACUGAAGCUUCUUCCUCUUCUGUAUAAGUGAAGGGAUUGUAGUUUUCUAUCAGGGAAGCCUGUGUGUGUGAUAAUAGUGUUAUAAAUUUUGUUAUAAGCCCCAGAGGAAGUUAUUAGCAGGUCUCCUCCUAUGGCAUAAUCUGAGCAGCCCUUGGUGCAUGAUUUACCACCAGAAACAGCAUGCAUGAUAAGUUAUGUAGAUUAGGUAGUCAUUUUUUUUUUAGCCCAUCCAAAAUGAAUGAGAAAUUGUUAUGGGUUAUUUAUUUAACCCAUCCAAUCGUUGUACAAUAACUGUUUAACAGGUACUGUAACUAAAGAGAAGUGGCUUUCAGAUUAUUAAACCCUGUAUUAAGUUUUCUUUCAUGAACUCUGAUGCUGAAUGAUCAGCAUGCAUGCAUGAGCACAACAUGUGGGUCUCAUAAAUUUGAUGGGACUUGUGUAUUUUAACCAA